AUGGGCAACCAUAACAGUUUCAAUUUAAAUCACAAGGAACAAUUACACUCUGCCAGGAUUAAUUCACUCAACAAGGACCCAACGCUCGGCAUGUUACCAAUGGAGAAACUUGGAAAGUUAUUGAUUCAAAAGAGUUUAGAAGAAGAUUCAAUUAAUGGCAUAGGCUGUGGUGUAUUUAAGCGAUACUUGUUUCCACAAUAUCCUGAAAUGGCUCGCAAACUUUUUGCAUUUCUGGUAACUUCAUCUGGUGGUCCUGCUUCUUCCCAUGUAAUUAGUUAUUCAAACUUUAAAGCCCAAACUGAACGUUUGCUGAGUGUUUUGGCUGAUGACCGCCAAGUAUUGAUGUACGUCAUGAUGUAUGCUGAUGGAAAAGAAGAAAUUGAUCAAGACCAAUUUCGAGAUCUACUCAUAGCUGUUUAUAAACUUGCGAUGGAUCAUUAUCCUGAAGGGCCUCAGUCAUGUCGUUAUAUAUUUAAGACUGUCCAAUCUGUUGUUGAUUCUGCAUUUCAUAAAAAAUUAACGCUAAAAGUGGGAUACUUGACCAAUUGGAUACUUCAACAUUGCCCACGGUUAAUUGUCCUACUUCAUCGGUAUAUUGUCCACAUCUUAUCCACUGGUUACAGAUCCGUUAUUGAAAAGUGCCCAUAUUCCAAACCUAAUGAUCUCGAAUUGACAACACCAGUUUUGGAACAAGAAAACUUGUUCAAAACCGAAAAAAAUCCAUUAUUGCCAUUGUCUCAAGUGUGGAUAUUAUCUACAACAUUACCAGCAUUAUAUACUCAACCAAUUUUGCAUUCCAAACCAACACCAAAUUGUUUCAACACUCAAAACUUCUUAUCAAAAUUUUUGGACUUUUCUUGUCCAUCACAUUGGACACUAUUGUACAACAGCAAUCAACACGGUAUCGGAAGUAAUAGGUUUUUACACCACGUGCUGAGUUAUCGGGGGCCAACGUUAACGUUCUUGCGAGGUGAUGAAGGCGUCUUAUUUUGCAUGGGAGGUACAUCCGAAUGGCGGGAGUCACACCAGUACUGGGGUGGAGAUGACACCAUAAUUUUGCAAUUAUUACCCACUUACAAAGUAAUCAACCGUGGUCCAAAAUCUAUGUAUUUGAACACAUCCAUACGUGGAUACCCAAAGGGCAUCAGAGCUGGUAAUGAUCCUCGAAAACCAUCAAUUGAAGUUGAUGACUCGUUUCAACAUGUUACACACUGUGGCAUACCAUACAAGUUAGAAAGCGUUGAAGUAUGGGGUUGUGGUUCACCAAAAAAUAGAGAAGUGCAAUUGGAUAUAAAGAAUUGGCAAAUCAAAGAGGCCGAGAAGACCCGAAAAUUAAAGAUGACAUCUAAAGAAUGGUUAGAUCACCCGGAUAGAUACUUACUAGAGUUGGCUGGACGUCAGACAUAUUCAACAUAA